AUGGCCAUCACCCAGUCUACCGCCUCGCCGGCCCAUGUGAUCCCCGUCGCCCUCAUCGGCGUCGGCGAGAUUGCCAUGAACACCCACCUCCCUACUCUCACCUUGUGCUCGCACAUGUUCAAGCCAGUGGCCCUUGUGGACAUCUCCGAACAGGCCCUCGCGCACUGCAGCCAAAAGUUCCAUGUCCCCAAGACAUACACUACUGUCGACGCGAUGCUUGCGGAUUGCCCCGAGGUGGAACUUGUCAUGAUCAUGAAUGCCAACGAAUACCACGCCAUCCACGCUGUGCAGUGCUUGAAGGCAGGCAAGAACGUCUUCAUUGAGAAGCCGAUGGCGAUGACCGUCGAAGGAGCGAACGACAUCGAGGCCGCGCGCGUGGCCAGUGGCAAGGUAGUCUUUGUCGGUUACAUGCGUCGUUACGCUACUGCCUUCCUCCGUGUCAAGGAGGAGCUCAGCAAGGUGGCCAGUGGCCACAUCAACUACAUCCGCGUGCGGGACAUCAUCGGAAUGAACGACUUGUUUGUGGAACAGUCGGGGACCUUCCCUCUCAAGUUUACCGAUUUCCCUGCCGGGUCGGGUGCUGAGCGUGGCAAGCUCUCAGAGCUGCAGCUCGCCCAGUCACUGGGUGUCAAGGCCGGAAACGAACUCGACCAGCGGACAUGGAUGCUCCUGAACGGUCUGGCAUCGCACGACCUGAGCGCACUGCGCGAGCUUGUUGGAAUGCCACAGCGUAUCCUCAGCGCUGUCCGUUCUCCGGAUGGUCUUUUCGUCUGGGUCACGAUGCAAUACCCCGGCUUUGUCACAUACUACGAGAUGGGCAUUGACAACGUGCGCAAGUUUGACGCGCACAUCGAGGUGUAUGCCAAGGACAGGCACUUCAAGGUCACGUACGACACACCGUACGUCAAGGGUUUGCCUAUUACGACCACCAUUCUCCGCAGCCUCGAGAAUGGCGACCACAGCGAGGAAGUGAUCCGCCCCACUUUCGAGGAUGCCUUUACCCUCGAGUACAAGGCGUUGUACGCGAGCCUGACACAGGGGGCAGAGGUCAAGACGAGCGUCGUGGAUGAGGACCUUGUGCUGUUCAAGAUGAUCAUGGACGCAAUGGUGACAGUUUGA